CAGAAAAAAUGAUUAAUUUGGCGAGAGACGGAGCGGGAUCUAGUCAAUCCAGAUUAUAAAGGCGGCGCCCUACACCGGAAAUGUGACGACAAUCUUUAUAGCAAGUUUAGUGCGCGCAAAAGUUAUUUAAACAGGCGUACAUAUUCAGAUGGAGUUAUCCCUGCUCCGCUCCGCCAGACUCGGCCUGGAAGUACUGGAGCGAGCCUCGAGACGGAGUGUAGACUGGUCUAGUGCGAAUCCGUAUCCCAGUACAACACCAAAGGAUGACAACGCCGGGAGUGAGGAGGUUCAGGGAGACUCAGCCCACACCAGCCUGGAUGAUGCUUUUGAGACAAUAGCUGAAUUCAUGGCACAGACAACAUAUCAAUGCAAGAACUUUUACAUGUCGGAGACAGAGCCUAUGGAAAAUGAGAGAACCCAUGUGUGUAGAUACCAUUCUCAAUCUCACCAACACCCAGGGACCUCACUGCAGACCAGGAAACAUGCACAGUCAUCACCUGAGGAUUUCCACAUUGAUGUGUCUCCAGGUACCUAUAAAAUUACUGCAGGAACGCAGGACUCACAGCAACAGACCCGGGUAGUACGCAUUAAUGCUGGAGAGAGCAUGAACCUCACAUUUCACCUCUAACCUCUCAACCCUGACCAAUCCCCAUGACCUUUCUGCUAACAAUAACAAACCUGCCCAACCUGAAUGUUUACGUACAUAUUUUCACGUCAUACUAUCGUCUUCUGUUGAAAUGUCGCUUUAGAGCGACAGUGAUAAUGUUAUUAAUUUGCUGCUAAAUGAGAAGCCAUAUUUUGAUGAUGUAAUCAUGAUUUUGUUUUUAUAUUCAAUUUUGUAUGUAAAAUGUCUAUCCAAACACAUCACGUAAAUAAUUUAUAUAUUUUUUUUGUCACAUCAGAAUAAUAAAGUAUAUAUUUUAUAUCAAUGA